AUGAAAGCUAAAAGCUAGCAAACGGUCUAAUAUACGUUUUCUGGUGUUGAUAUAUUUUAAACAAGAGGUCCCUAAUUUAAUUUUAACAAUUAAGUAGAAGCUUCUAAAACAGGAGAUAAUGAUGAUUAUUUAUCUAAAUUUCCAGAAAGUUUUAAGAAAAUAGAUGAUAGCGCUAAAAGAGCAAGUAAAGAGUUAAAAAAACGAUUAUCUUCUAGUAAAAAAGAAGAUCAUAAUAAGGUUAGCAUGCAAGCCUCAAUUGAAGAAUUUAAAUAAUAUAAUUAAAAUUUCUAAUCAAACAGUUAAAUACCAUCAAAUUAGGAAUAAUCAUUUACUAAUGGAUUUGGCACUAAUAAAAUUUUAGCAUUAGAUUGCACUCAAUCAUUACUUCCUAUUCCAAAAUAGUAAAGCAGAGUAAGAUAAAGAAGUGAACUGAGUAAUUCAAUAGCUUCAAGCGGAAGUCUAGCUGAUGAUGAUGCUAAUGUAGAUAACUCUAGUUAAGCUAAUCCUUCAUCUCACUUUAAAAAAAAAAUAAAUAAUGCAAUUAACAAACAUAAAGAACUAAAAAAUGUUCCAUAAAGGUUGUCAACUUAAAAAUUUACUUUUUUAAAUAACUAAAAGAAGAAAUCUUCUUAAAAUAUUCAAGAUAAAGCGAAUAUAAACACUUCUACUUACGAUUAGGAAAUAGUUUCAAUGAAAAAGAAUAAAAGAAGAAAUAAUGUUGUUAUGCUUGAUAAGCGUAAAUAGAUUUGGACUAAAAAUUGGGUUUAAAUUAUUUAUUACAUUGGAAAAAUGAGGCAAUUAAUGAAUUAAGCAAUUCUAUUUUUUAGGCCUUAGCUACUUACAAAAUGGUAGCUAAAUGCGAUUAAUGAUCCUUCUUGUGAUUUUUCAAAUGUGUACCAUUAGCACUAAAAUGCUGAUUAUGUUAAGUAAUACUCUUAUCAGAAGUAUUAAAGAUUCCUCUCUUUCAGAACAUAUAAAAAAAUUACUUUUGGGUUUGAAAGAGGUCCUUUUUUUUCUAUUUACUUUGAGUAUGUUUGCGUCUUUGUCUUCUGUAUAGAUAUAUUCAUUCGUUCAAACACAUAAUACAACGAAUAAGGAAAUAAGAUAGAAGUGCACAAGCAGAUUCUUUAAAAUUACAUUAAAAAAAGAUUAGUGAUUGAUAUAAUAAGUCUUAUUUCUCUAAAUAGAACAUAUUUUAAAUCAAAUUUUUGCAGCUUAUUAUUUUUUUUAAGAAUCUUUUACUCAACUAGAAUCGUAGAUAUAUUUAAAGAGUAAUUUUUACUGAGAGUUCAUAUUUCAGGUAUAAUUUCUCUGAUACUUCUCUUCUCUCAAGCUCUAUACUUCUGCCACAUAUUUUCAUGCAGUUUUCUUUACUUGGGUUUGUAUUAGAAGUCAUUUGGAGAAGGAUGGCUUGUUACUUUUUAGUUGGAUUAGUCUAGUAAUCUUGAAUAAUACUUACAUAGCUAUUACUUUUCUGUUGUAACGAUGACUACAAUCGGUUACGGAGAUUAUACAGCUAAAACUUCUAUAGAAUAUUGCUUUAUGAUCGUCUUUAUGAUUGUUUCAUGUGGUAUAUUUGGAUACACUAUAAAUUCUAUUGGUAAUAUUUUAUAUGAUUUCAAGCUAAAAAGAGAUUAGUUUUUAUAGUAGUUAGCCUAAAUAAAUAAAUAUUUUAAAUUCUAUAACACUGAUUUAACUUUAUAAAGCAGAGCAAGAAAAUAUAUUGAAUAUACAUACAGUGAUAAUAUUUAAGACACAAAUAUCUCUGCAUCUUCUUUAGAUUCUUUGUCACCUUACCUUCAAUUAGAGAUCAAAUAUGAUGCUUAUAAAAAAGCGAUUGUUAAAUGUUAGAUAAUCAAAUAAUAUUUUUCUACUCCCUUUAUUGAAUCUCUAGCUACUAAAAUAAAGGAGACUAUUCUUUCUCCUGAUUAGCUAAUCCUUGAAGAAGGAUAGAACAAAGAACCUCACAUAUAUUUUGUAAACUCAGGUAUGGUAAAAAUAUUUUCAGCCAAAAAUGAUGACUCUCCAACAGAAUUGAAAAAAUUAGUAAACGGAGAUGUCUUUGGAAUAGAAGAAUUCUUUUUAGAAAAAUAUGAUGUUCCUUUUAGUGUUAAAAGUAUUGGAGUUACUAGUCUCCUUUCAUUUACUUUAACUGAUUUUUAAGAUAUGCUAAAGAAAUACCCUGAUCAAGUUGAAAUGUAUUGCUAUCUUAAGGAUUCACUCCAACACAAUAAAGAUUUUAGUAAACUUCAGCUUUCGUGCUUUUCGUGCGCUUAAUAUAAUCACUGUGUAAAUGAGUGCCCUUAUUUGUUUUAUGGUACCAAACCAUAAAAAAUCAUAAGGCAAUAUUUAAAUGAUAUUGAUAAAAUUAUUAGUACAUUUUAGAGAUAGAGUAGACCACGUUUUAAUUCUCGCUUCUUGAAUGAAGAAGUUAGAGAAAGAGCUGACUGUUUCUUUAUGGAUUACUAAGAUGAUUUAUCGUUUAUUGGAUACACUGAUUCAGAAGAAGAAGAUGAUGAUGAAGAAGAUGAUGAAGAUGAAGUAGAUGUAAAAACUUAAAAUGAAAACCAUUAAGGAGUUUCUGUGCAAAGUACCAGUCAAGCAAAUUUAUAGUCAUAGCAGUUAAAGUAGCAAUCUAAUCCUAAUUUAGAAGAUAAAAAACAAAAGGACGAUAGGAAUCAAAAGGAAGAUAGACCAAGUGGUCUUCCAUUACAAAAAACAAAUUCCUUAUCAAGCUCUGUUAAAAUGGAUUAGGAGAGUUUUUUACCACCUUAAAAGUAAGCCGAAAACUAUGUUUACAGUAAUUGUAAUAUUCCGAAAUCUAUAUCUAAUUUGCCGGAAAUUAAAGAAAGUCAGUUAAAGAUAGCUUAAAUGGAUAUUUAAAAUGUUAAAUCUAUCAUUGCACCUUAAGAAUCUAAUAUUUUAUCAAUUCCGAGUAAUUUAAAUCCUGGGUAAAUAGAGAGAAAGAAGUAAAGAUCAUUCACUUCUAUAAACAAUAUAUCUUCUAGUUAAGGAGAUUUAGAAUUAAGACCUUAAUAAGUUUAUUAAAAUGUUAACAUAACAUCUAAAUAUGGUAGUAUAAGUAGAUAAUAACUUUAAUAAGGAUACAUAAAUGCAUCAAGUAGGAAAUUUAGCUAAGAGAAUGAUUCCUGUAACAGUAUAACAGUUGUAAAGCAGUAAAGCAAAAGAAAUAUUGGUAGACAAGUUUCCAGAGAAAAUAAAGAUAUUGAAUUAAGGGAUAGGAAAAGCACUAAAAAUCUUGAUUCGUAAUCAGGUGGAGGAGGAUUUUCUAAAAAUUAUAAUUAGGAUCUAGAUAUGAACUUCAAAAACCUAAAUAAUCCUUAAAAUAAAGUAUCAAGUCAGUUUGAUAGUAUACAACAAGUUUAAUCAGUUUUUCAACCAUAAUAACAAAUUAAUAUAGAUUUAAAAGACUUAUUUUAAUUACUACAAAGCUAUAAUAUGAAUAAUUAAAUUCCAAACUCUACAUAAUCAAAGAAUUUAAAAGAUAUUGAGAGUAAAAAAUUAGAUUUAGAUGUCUAACCCAGCUCUAAAUAGCGCUAAAUACCAGAUAAAGAAGAGAGCAGAUUGUAUAGAAUGAAAACCACAAAAAAAGAAUAAGAAUAGCUAUAUGAUAUAGAAUUAGAUAAAAUUUAAAAUUAUGAAAUCUAUUUUCCUAAAUACAACAUAGAAAACGUUUUGAAAAAAUUAAAAUAAUAAGAAAUAUCAAUAAACAUUAAAAAUUACCUCUUUAAAACAUGCUAAAAUUUCUUUCCCUUAGCAAAAUGA